UUUGCAUCUUCCGUCUAGGAUUCUUCUUCUUGUCUCUCUAUCCCCUAGCCACUGUAUUUUUCUGCUUUCAACAUGCUUUCGUUCCGGAUGCUCGGCCGGGCACUGCCCAAAACUGUCCUGCGCCAACCCGCAGUCCGCUCCGUGUCGUCCAUCACGAGAUUCGCAACUCGUCGGCCGCAAUGGCAAGCAGUGAUGAAGCCAUCAUAUCCCGCAUUCUCAACCUCUUUUUUCCGGAGAGAGCCCGCUGGCCAAUCGGACGAGGCUCUCGUUGCGAAACUGAACAACGAACGAAUGCUCGAGCUCCAGUCGCAAAGCGAUGACAGACUGGCCGCCAUCAAUGAAUUUCUCGAGAACAGUCCCUUCAAGGUCCAAGACAAACCUGGUUCGCACGAGAUUGUCCUGACCCGAGAUUUCGGCAAUGAGAAAAUCAAGAUUCAAUUGAGUGUCUCGGACCUCUCCGAAUACCCGGCCGAAGAUGAAUUCGAUGCCUUGGAUGAAGAUGGUGCUCUUACAGACGAACCGGAUUUCGAGGCGCGAAAGAGAGGAAUCAAUCAACCCGGUCCAAGAGGAGGAAAAGUCGAUGUCAUGCCGGAAGAUAGCAUUGCACCGGCUGACAGAGCUGAGGGCGGAGAAGAAGUCGACGACGUGGCAAAUGUCACGCCUGCAUACCCUGCUCAUAUGACCAUUACCAUCACCAAGCCCGGCAACAAGGCCAUUGAGAUCCGAGCCGUUGCCCAAGAUGGCACCAUUGAGAUCGAAAACGUCUGCUUCUUCCCCAAGGACUCGCUGCUCGAGGCACAGAAUACGAAAGACGCUUCAGAAGCCCGCAGCCUAUAUGCAGGGCCGCCCGUCGAGGAUCUAGACCCCGAACUCCAACAGAUGCUUCACCAGUAUCUAGAAGAGAGAGGGAUUGACGAGGAACUGGCAAGCUUCCUUCCCGAGUACCUCGACUACAAGGAGCAGAAAGAAUACGUCAAGUGGCUUGAAGAUCUUGAGACCUUUGUCAAAGAAUGAUCCUCCCUAACCUGCGUGUGUCUGUAGUUUUGGGGACUUCUUCCAGCCCGUUUUACUAGAUCCUCCACUUUGAGCAACAUCCGUCAUGUCAAAAAAAAAGGUGUACAUUAUGUUACAGGGACAAGCCUGGAUCAACAAUGAAAUAAUCAGAUACCCAUUUGAAGUGUUGGCCAACCACAUCCAGUUCUUAUCGCUUAAGCACUCUCAAAAGCAGAUUCUCUCUCUGCAGGAUCAUUAAACCUUUGUGACUCGCCGCGGAAUGGUAGCUACGAGCUGACGCUUGUGACGAAUAGUAGGUAUACAACUCUGAUUGAAUUACUGUUGCCACAGAGAG